UCUCCACAAAUUUCCCAUAAACAGAAGGAUCGGGAGGAAGAAAAGAUAAAAGGAAGAUCGGAGGAGAUGGCAUCUAGCGCGGCGGUUCCGUUCUGGAGAACGGCGGGGAUGACUUACAUAACGUAUUCGAACAUUUGUGCGAAUCUGGUGAGGAAUUGUCUGAAGGAGCCUUUCAAAGCGGAAGCUCUAAGUCGCGAGAAGGUUCACUUCUCUAUCUCCAAAUGGGCUGGUGGAAAGCCUGAGAAACCAAUUUUGCGUUCAGACACACCUGGAGUUUGAGAUUUUUAACGUUUAAGGUUAAUAACGGUGCGGGAGCAAGAAACUGUUGUGUUUACCUCUGCAGCAAAGAUGAUUUUUUUUCUAUCUACUUUGAGAUUGUUAGCAAUGAAGGUUGAGUGAGACUCAUUCCUAUCUUAAUAAUCAAAGGACAAUACCUUAUGUUUAUCCUUUUGUUUUGCCUCCAAAAUUCUUUGCAUAUUUUAAAAUAAAAAUCCUACUCUUCUUAUAGCUAAAA